AGUAUUGGACCGAUCAGUAGCAAUAGAACCCACUUAAUGAGCUCAUUACAUGAAAAGUCCAGUUGCUCUUCUCACUAAAACAGGCUUGAAGUGUCAAACUAGAAGUUUGAUUCGCCAACCAGUCGAGCUGCAGUUUCCAUCCGUGUGUCAUAUUCUUCAUAAGAGGUUUGUGUGACAUUGUCAUAGAUUCUCAAAGUGACCUUUGACCACCAAAUUAUAAUCAGGGGACAUUUGAACCAAAUUUGAGGUGCCUAGAAACGUUAUGUUUUUUACUACUUACAGCCCAGAACCCAAAUACCGUGAUAUACAAUUUUUAAAGCAAACUUCAAAUGACCACAUAUUUGCCAUCACGGCAAAUUAAACUCAUCUAAACGGAGUAUGUUUACAUUUGUACAAAAAUAUUUCUGUUUUGGUAAAUUCUCUGUCGUCCUCCACAUCAUUUCAGAGGGAAAUACAGAGCUUCUCCUGAUUGAACCAGUCCCUGGUUGGUCAAAUAAAUCACAGGAGCAGAUUCAAUCAGAGACAUAGGAAGUCAGGGAGGGAUAAAGGCCCAUUACAUAAUACCACACUUCAUUCCAGAAGAAAGAACGUUACGCAGGAAUGCAGAGCGCCUACUGAAACGUUCCUCUGUGGGUGACUUUUAGCAAUGGUCUCAGGUCUCUUUUGGCCAUCUGGAGGCCGUUAGAGGUUAUGAAACGGCAGCUUCUCCCUCCACCGCAGACUGAAGAAUGAUCGAGAUGUCUGGGAGCACGAGCGGAUUGAACCGGUUCAAACCUGGGGUGUGUCUGCACGUCACCUUCCUGCUCAUUCAGGGUUAAAUUCUCACAGACACUUGACUUCCUGUCGCAAACCUUCUCACCUCCUCCUUUGCGCUUUUUUUUCUUUUUCUCUCCCCCCUCCAGUGAACGUUAUAAAUAGCGCUGUGUGUUCUGCUGAGCAGCCGUCCUCCUCCUCCUCCUCCUCCUCCUCCUCCUCUCAAAGCGCGUCGCAUCACCUUCUCCGCUCCUUCUCCACCCAGUUUCUCUCCAACCAAGCACUACCCUCCGCUCACACCCUUUUUCCUCAUUCCGCUGCUUAUUCUGAGAGUCCAAAAAAAAAAGGGUCCUGGGAGACGAGGUCCGAGGCCGAGCAUGCGUUGCGUGAGCCGCUUGCUGCUGGGGACCUUCCUCCUGGCGCUGGGCCCCGCCGCGCACGGCGCGCCGGGCCAGUGCCCCGACCUGUGCCACUGCCACGGCGACCUCCAGCACGUCAUCUGCGACGGCGUCGGGCUGAAGAAGAUCCCCCGGGUGUCCGAGGUCACGCGCCUGCUGAACCUGCAGAGGAACAACCUGGGCGCCAUUCCCACGGGGGCAUUCGGCGACAGCAAGGGCCUCGUCUCGCUGCACAUGCAGCACUGUCAGCUGCGGGAGGUCGGGUCCCAGGCCUUCAAGGGGCUGAAGAAGCUCGUCUACCUCUACCUAUCCAACAACAAGAUCAGCAGCAUCAGGCCCGGCGCCUUCGAGGACCUAACGGAGCUCACCUACCUCUACCUGGACGGGAACCAGAUCGGCGACCUGGCCAGGGGCCUCUUCUCCCCCAUGAUCAACCUCUUCAUCCUGCAGCUCAACGACAACAGGCUGCGGGAGCUGCGGCCGGGGACCUUCGCCGGCGCCAAGGACCUGCGCUGGCUGCACAUGAGCGGGAACGAGCUGGCCGCCCUGCAGCCGGGCUCCCUGGACGACGUGGAGAACCUGGCCAUACUCCACCUGGACGGGAACCGGCUGCCCAGCUACCCGCUGGCGGCCAUGAGCAAGCUGCGGGUGGUGGAGGAGCUCGCGCUGGGGAAGAACCCCAUGAGGACCAUCCCCGACAUCGCCUUCCAGAGCUUUGGGCGCUACAUGGAGAAACUACAGCUGGACAACAUGGGCCUGGAGAAGUUCUCAGACGGUGCGUUCACAGGCGUGACGGCCAUCAAGUCCCUGAACCUGGACAACAACAAGCUGAGGUCGCUCCCCAAAAGCCUCAACUUGGGCACCGUCACCAACCUCACGCUCUCCAACAACCCGUGGAGCUGCACGUGCCAGCUGGCUCCGCUGCGCAGGUGGAUGGACUCUAGUCGCACCCGACCGGACGCGCUGUGCGCAUCUCCGCCUCAGCAGAAAGGAAAGCAAGUAAGAGACAGCGCCGCCUUGGCUGGAUGCAGAGUCAAGCCCAAGAAGCCCAGAAAGGGCCUGCGUCACUGAACACGCACCUGUGCAGGCCAAAGGAGGAGCCCGCCCAGGGGACAGCAAUGCUCUACUUCAAGAGAGUCGAUUUAUCCAUCUGCCAAAUAGUGACACAAGUUGACACCCAUAUGCACACACUGAUAUUUGCUAUUUGCUCAGAAGAAGAGAUCGAUAGCAGUGUCAUGUUUUGAAGCGACAGCAAUGAGCAGGUUAGCUUAGCGUAAUGAUUGGAAACAGUUAGCCUGACUAUCCCACUGUUACAAAAUACUCGCAUACAUGUGGGAAAACUUAUGAGGUGAAUCAAUUUCACCAAUCUACCUUCGAGUGACAUUUUCCUCUUUUUUGAGAACUUGAUGUAGAUUAAUGUAUAUUGUGCUAUUCUGUCUUGAGCUAUAAAACCUUUGUAACAGACUAAACAUUUUUUCAAACCCUUCACUAAUUUAACUUGUAAAGAAAAAGUAUUUUUACUGCCCAUU